GGCGCCCGCCCUGAGUCGCACGCGCAUCACAACACAGAUUAUUGGUCACACAACCAUUUUAUGAGCAGCCAACAUGUCUUUCCGAAAUUACUAUGAUUCCUCAUCAUCGUACAGAAACCGUGACUCAGGGAGAAGCAGUACGAGCAUUCCAACACAACGUGCUACCGUCACUGCCAAAUACACAAGCACUCCAAACUACAAGACUUCCAGUAUCCCCGUACUAAACGACCGCUCUAGUCGAGAUGAAAUCCCCAUAUCGACGAUCGCCAAUCGCUACAGCAACUAUAACAAAAAGUUAGAAAAAUCAACGCCACAGUUUGAGAAAAAAGACUACACCAAAAUUGCAGUGCCCGCAAUAAGCUCCACACGGAGUAGGGAUGUAAGUCCGAUAUCAACGUCAUCAAAGUAUGGUCUGAACCGGCCUACCAAACAUGUGAGUCAAAAUUGCAAGGAUAAAAAUGUCGAACCCAAACAAGCCGAUAUUGACAAAGACAUUCCAAAUAAGACUGAUAAGGCUCAAAGUUAUAGUGGCUUAUCGAGUUACAAAAUUUAUCCACGGAACUCUAGUUAUACUCGCUCUAUACCUAGAACAGAAACCAAACCCGAUAUAUCAGUAAAUAGGUAUGCGAUAUCUAACCGCCUUGCAACCUCAAAUUAUUUAAAAAGUCCCACCCCAGUCAAAAGGCCCUCACUAUCACCUGUAAACGACACUGUAGAUGUAAAUAAAUCUGAGUCAGAAAAAUCUUCAAAUCAGUCAAACUCAUCCAAAGAUAGGAUCGAAGCCAAAAUUUCACCAGAAAAAGAUAUAUGUAAGGAAAACGCAAAUAAUAAAAGUGAAGUAAUUCCUGAAAAUGAAGAUGAAAUGGAAGCUAUAACUGUUGUAACAAGACAUACAUCACCGACUCCACCAGGAUCAUCCGUUUACGUUAGGAUGAGAAGAGCAGACAUGGCCAAAACGAUAGAAAAAACAGUAACAAGAAAAAGAAUUAAACCCUUAAUGAUAGACAAGGAAAUGCAGUCAGAUCGACUAGAUGACACUACGAGGUCGAGCAGAUUUGGAAGCACAGCUAGAACUGCGGUUACUAAUUGGACUUAUUACACCCCAAACACUAACAGCUAUACUGGCUAUGCUGGAAGAUAUUCCACACAGUAUUCUCAUUUGCGCGAGCCUUCUUGUAGUUCCUAUGAGAGAAGUAGUCGAAGUCGGAGUAAAGAACCAAUGCCACAAGAAAACAAAAGCAUUAGUUCUAGUUCAGAAAGUGAAAAAGAAAGAGAUAAAAUAUAUAUUACUAAUAAUAGAGACUGUGACGAAGAAACUAUAAAUACUUAUGAAGAAAAGAAGGAUGAUGAUACUUCUGAAAUUAUUAUAAAUGUCAACCUUAAAUUAAAGAAAGCAAAAAGCCCUGAAACCUCUACUGAGCUAGUGUCACCAGAAAUAAUAAUUACAAAUAGCCACCAGUUGCCGCCACAACCUCCAAAGAGUGAAACCACUUGUAAAGUAAAAAAAGUAAAAGUGCGAAAAUCUAGUACAGAUUCUUCAUCAGAUUCGUCUUCUUCAAAGAAAGUUAUUAAGAAAAAAAUAAAAUCUGCAAGUUCUACAGAGUCCGAUGCAUGCAGCGAGACUGGUAGCAAAGGCAAGGACUCCACAAAAAUUCCAAAAAAAUCUAAACUUUCUUCAUCUUCUAGUAUACCUAACAGUUCUCCGAAAUUAAAGAGUUCUAAAUCAAGAGAAAGUAAUAGUCCAGAAUCUAGUGUAACCAUUUCAACACAAUCAUCCAUUAGUGAGGACGAAAGUGUUUCAAAGUCAAAAACAGUCGACAAUUCGAGAACUUCAGCAGAUGAAACAUCAAUACCUACUGAUGUUUCUGGUAAACAUCCAUCUACAUUUUCGCCAAACAAAAAUGAAAAUGGGACCGAAGAAGCGAAGUCAUUCCUAAUAAGGGCACUAGCGCCGGUAACAAACUUAUUUAAACUACGACAUCAAGAUAGUAGUGAUAACAACAAAUGGCUUGAGAAAUCUAAUUCCUCUGAAUCAACUGGCAAGGAUGUUACAAACAUCACAACUGAAAGUUUAUCUGGUAAAAGUAGAAAUAGUACUAGUAACAUAAUUGCGUCGAACGAUGAUAACGUUGUAAAAUUAAAAGGUAUCCGACACAUUGAAUCAGGCGAACGUGCCUGGUGGCUGGAAUCCAGUUCUGAUAAGAGAACUUCUCAGAGUAGUGAGCAUUUAUCGCGCCAACAAGAUGUCAAAAGUGAUAAAAACUCAAGUUAUGUCAGCCCAUCGGAAAAUUUAGAAUCAAAUAAAAUGCAGAAACAACCUGUAUUUGUAGAAGAUGAGAAGCCGUGGUGGCUUGACAGUAGCGCUAAUAUUCCUGAAGGUGUAGAGCGGUUAACACCUCCUAGAAAAUCGUCAAGUGAUAGUGAUAAAAGUGAGAAGUUCAACUUCUUUAAAGUCCGGCACAUAGAAUCAGGCGAGCAAAAGGAUUGGUGGCUAACGAGCAACGAUAACUCCUCCAACAAGCAAGAAAGUAGUUUGAGUUUAAGCAAAUCGGGAUCUGGUGCUUUUCCACUACGUCGCAUACGACAUGUCGAAUCCGGAGAACGGCCAUGGUGGUUGUCUAGUGAGAAAAACAUUCCAGAAGGUAUAGAAAGAAUACCGUCACCGACGCCUCCGAACGAAAGUGAUUCAUCCGAGUCGGAAGAAGAACAAGUUUAUCCUCAAAACAUUCAAAUUCCACCGUUCCCUUUACAUCUGCCUGAAGAUGAACCGCUGGGUGACAGAAGAAGCCCUGAAGGCUUGGAGACGCCUAAAGAAGAAGAAGAUUACGGAGGUCGGAGCUCUCCUUACGAAAACAACCUACUGUAUAGGAAUGCCUCGAAUCACUUACCGUAUCAGAAAGGUGCCGAGAAAUAUAUUUCUCGUUACACUGAUAUCGACGACAUAUUGGGUACUUCUGGACAGAUUUACAGCCCAUUCAUGGAUUCCAUUUUGGCUCGGCGAACCGGUCAGGUACAUCUUGAUGAUGGUGAAUGCGAGGAGAUAGACCCUACUCAAGUAAUAAUUCACGACAGCACUGCCCAGACACCCGUUAUAAAGAAAUUACGCUGCAGAAGCGAGAUUAUUGAUUGCAGAGACGAGGACGUGCUCGACGAUGCGACUCUACAAGUAUUCAAGGACGGUGAUUAUGGACCGUAUUUGGACCUGGACUCGACUCUUGGAGAGCAGGAUGAAGAACUGGAAGGCCUUCAAGACAGCCGCAAAAAUGCCUUGAUCCUCCGCACGCAGCUCUCCGUCCGGGUGCAUGCCAUCAUUGAGAGGCUUCUCCACUCUCAAGGACGGGAGCUGCGUAAGGCUCUGUUCACACUGAAGCAGAUCCUGCAGUCUGACAAGGAUCUAGUCCACGAGUUUGUGGCCAACAAGGGCCUGGACUGCCUGAUGCAAGUGGGCAACAUGGCCGACCACAAUUACUUGGACUACAUACUGCGAGCUCUGGGACAGAUACUUCUCUACGUGGAUGGCAUGCACGGAGUGAUGUCGCACAAGCGAUGUGUCCAGUGGCUGUAUUCCCUCAUCUCCAGCAAGUUCCGGCACGUCGUCAAAACCGCACUCAAACUCCUGCUAGUCUUCGUCGAGUACACCGACAAAAACUGCCUUCUCCUCAUCGACGCUAUCAACGUAGUCGACGGUCCCAAUGGCAAACCCUGGUACAACCUCAUGAAGAUACUCCAAGACUUCGACGCGUCGGACACAGAACUCCUCAUUUACGCCACAACCCUGAUAAACAGAUGUCUAAACAAUUUACCUGACAAGGACAUGUAUUACGAUCAGGUGGACUCCCUUCAGGAGCAGGGUAUAGACGAUAUCAUCCAACUGUACAUGUCCAAACAGGGAACCGAUUUGGAUCUCCUGAGACAGUUACAAAUUUUCGAAGCAGUUUUGUUGUACGAAGAUGGUGAUGAAACUGGUACAGCUCUGAAGCAAUUAGAUGAAUCGGUAAUAGCCUGUGUGCGACGCAGAAAUAUAAAUUUAAAUACAAUCGGCAGGAGAAAAUCAAAGAAACAACAGCUAAAAGAUAAAGCGAAAUCACCAAUCAUCUCCCAUAUGGAAUCUGAAACUAAACUCACGACUAGUCUUCGUCAACCAUUUCUACCAUCUAUACUAGACUCUAAAGACAAUAAAGAGCUCAGUUCAGCAAUUAAAAGAAGGAAAGAGAGGUACGCGAGACAAGCGCAGCAACAGGAGUUACUAAAUAAUUCAAAUAUUUACAAAGGACUGUUUGAAAAAUACAACGGUGAUGUUCAACACAACGGAACCAGUAACGAUAUUCAUACUAAUACUAAUGGAUCAUACACCUCUUCUAACGGUCUGGUGACGAACGCAAGUCGAAAAUAUUCUCUUCCGAAUGGCACCAUCAAUGGGUCCGUUAAUCAUAAUUGCAACGGUAUUAAUGGACAUCAAGAAGAAGAAAAACCAUACUCCAGUAGAAUCACCAAGAGCUCCGUACUUCCGGAUGUUUUGCUGAAUGGAAAUCAAAAAUAUACAGCAGGUUUGAAACAAAGAAUACAAAAUGGGACCUUGGGUCACACUGUAAACGCUGGUGACACUUUAGCUGUUAUUCGGCAAAAGCAAUUAGAUCUCACGUCUGAAACUAAGGAUGAUCGCAAUAUUCUCAUAAAUAGAGAGCAUAGCAUUAAGGAUAUAGCCCAAAGAUUAAUAAGUCCAGUCAGUCCCACAACGGAAGAAAAACCGUUGAGGGUAUCUGAUAUGGCCGGUAUAGUUUUGAAAGCCAAAGAAGAAUUAGCCAAAUCUCAGUCAAAAGAAAUUGUAAAGAGCCCGUCUGUAGAGAAAAGCCCCAAAGUGCACGAAAUCAAAGUGUCCGAAAACGAUUUACAUUGGGAAGAAUUGAGGAAAGGCUGCAUCAAUAGGGAAUUCCAUCUGUGCGAUUUAGAUUUCUCAGAUCUAAAACAAGACUCAGAUGACGACAUGGUCUCUCCGGCUGUGAGUGCGGCGAAUGGACCGCCGCCCCCUCCACCUAGCAUGCUCCUACCUCCCGUAGGAGUACCACCUCCCUUACCAACCUCUUUCCCAAGCCUACCGAGAAACAACUCCAACACACACUCCCUAUCGUCUGACGUAUCUAGUGACAUGGGUAGUUCCACAAUUAAAAAGAAUAAAAAGACUGUCAAGCUUUUCUGGCGGGAAAUUCAGGAGAAUCCAGCACCACCAACUGUCAGGUCAAAGGUUGGAGGAUUCAUCUGGGACGAUCUCCCCGAUAUUAAUAUUGACACGGCAAUGCUUGAACAUCUGUUCGAGUCUAGAUCUAAUGACUUAGUUAUUAAGGAGAAAUUAAUGGAACCAAAGAGAAACUUGAUAUUAGACGCUAAGCGAUCGAACGCCAUAAACAUCGCUAUGAAGAAACUACCAACACCACAAACUAUAAAGGCAGCCAUCAUGAAAAUGGACGCAACAGUCAUAGGCCGAGAGGGUAUAGAGAAACUACUUACGAUGCUUCCCACUCAAGAGGAGAAAAUCAAAAUUCAAGAAGCGCAAUAUGCAAAUCCAGACUUGCCCCUAGGAAGUGCUGAACAGUUUCUAUUAACUUUGGCUUCUAUAAACGAAUUAUCAUCAAGACUUAAGCUAUGGGUCUUCAAAUUAGAUUUCGAUAAUUUGGAAAAAGAAAUAGCAGAACCCCUUAUGGACCUGAAGCAAGGAAUUGAGUUGUUAAAAUCGAACAAGACCUUUAAAGUUAUACUAUCUACGUUGAGGUCUGUAGGUAGUUUCCUAAAUGGUACUCAAGUGAAAGGCUUCCGUUUGGAGUACUUGUCAAAGGUGAUGGAAGUCAAGGACACGGUGCACAAACACCCCCUUCUAUACCACGUCUGUGAGAUGAUAAUUGAGAAGUUUCCAGAUACGACAGACUUUUUCAGCGAGGUCGGACCGGUUAUCCGAGCGUCUAAAGUAGACUUCGACGUGCUAACGUCGAACUUACAAAAACUAGAGACAGACUGCAAAGCGUCCUGGGACCACAUGAAAAAAGUAGCAAAACACGACGGCUCGCAGAUAUUUAAGACAAAAAUAAACGAAUUCUUAACCGACGCAGCCGAGCGAAUCAUCUUACUCAGUCUAAUUAAAAAUAGAGUCAUGAGCAGAUACACAAAAUUCUUACUGUUCUUCGGAGUGCCAGCUUCGGAUAUAGUUAAGACUAAGCCCUCUGAUUUUCUGAAAGUGAUAGCUGAAUUCGCCCUCGAAUAUCGCACCACUAGAGAGAGAGUCUUACAGCAACUCGAGAAGAGAGCUAACCACAGAGAGAGAAACAAGACCAGAGGAAAGAUGAUCAUUGAUGUGGGCAAUUACUCUACCAAGACAGGUGAAAACACUGCUGAUACUGCACUAAAAGAGCUACUGAAGGCAGACGCCGACACGUACAUUCUGACCGACGGUCGUCGAAAGUCUAGUAUACGGAGAACGUUCAUCAAUGGCGAUCUCUCAGCAGACGAUGAAAUAAUAGAAAGCCUCGUGCGUGCCACAUCAAAACGCCGGCCCAUAACACGAGACAGGCGAAGGAAUCGCCUAUGCGAUAAGAAAAGUUUAAACAGAACUUUAAAUGGAAGCGAAUCGUGGCCUGGUAGAGAAAGUAGCGAUGGAUCCAACGGAGAAGUACAGCAAAGAUAAAUAAUCAAGAAGCUUUAUAUGUUAAACAUUACGAAUCUCUUUGCUUAGAUAGGAAUAUAAUUAAUUGAAAAUGUUAUGAUAAUCGAGUUACUGCAAUAUGCAUAAAUAAGUAAAAUAAAAGUACCUAAUAGGUGAUAUUAAUUUUAAGACUAUUAUUAAUUGUAAUCUGAAACUCUACAGUUAUUUUCUCUAAUGGCAAAGAAAUCACUAUUAAUAAAACAAAACCCUUUUAAAAAUUAGCAUUAUAUUCUUUCAAAAACCUUAUGUUUGUUAA